UAGGUACCUAUUUAUCUACCUUUAGCUGCCAGUAUAGAGCCAUGGAAGCGGGUACAAACGAUCAGAGGCACAUAUCAACGGACGUUGACGAGUUGAAUUGAAGUGACUGCAUGCGGUGUUAAUGCCGUUCAAAAAUCGAGAGCGAUGAAAGACGCCCUGGAACACGACGUGAAGGACGACGAGGUCUACAUCUGCCUGGUCAGCGCGGCGUCCAUGUACAUCCUGUGCUCUGGCCAGGCUCUCUUCGUGCAGCUAAUCCAAGCCGUAGUGCAGAUCUGGCCCGAAGGCGCGGAGAUCCGUAAGCCCGGCCCGCUCUUCUCAGGUGCUUCUUUCGGCCUGGAGAGGUGGGAGUUUUGGAAGGGGGCGUUCGUUGCCGCCGUGGGUAGAAAGGGGGUAGAAAAGGGGCCAGCGAUGGGUGCAAAGGCCUCCCUCGCUAGGCGGCGGCCUUGAUGGAUGCUCUGAAGAGCAGCAUGAUGUUUUGGCCACAUAUUGUGCUUUGCUUAUUUUGACGACUUGGCCAUAGUUUGUAUUCGCGUG